AUCUGACGUCGUGCGAGUGACAUAUAUAGUUGGUGAGUGUAUCGGGUAUUAUCGAGCAUCAACAAUCUUCAUCAAAAGUCGACAAGUACUUGACUGAUACAGAAAACUUCAUAAGUGAUAUAUCGUGAUAGUGACAUCGAUUCGCUCUACAAUAAAGUACCAAGAAAGGUGUGUACGUCACGCGCGUAAUACAUGUGACACAGUGUUAAAUGUCUUCCAGAGCUGAUGAAUACGCUGCUAAUUAUCAACGUUUUAAUAAUGACACAAAUCAAUCUUUGGAACAAGACAUUUCCCACGGAUCUACCCAAAAAUAUGGAUCUAUGUUAUCUUCCCCAGAAAGUCAUGUAAGAGUAUCUUUCAAUGAAACUGAAAAUUCUAAUAAAAUAAAUUAUAAAUUAUAUGCUGAUGGAAUGGAUCAUUCUAAUGUUCCUGAGGAUACUACUAUUAUUUCCCAAGAAGAACCAUUGGAUAUUGAUAUGCAUUGGGAAAUGAAUUAUCAUGAAGCUGCUAUUUUUUUAGAGGAAGGACGAAAUAAUGAAAAAUUUGAUUCACAUCCUAGACAUCCAGAGGAUUUACCAGCAUACCUUUUAGUUCAUAAUAAGUGGUAUUAUGGACUAGAUUUAUUAACAUCUCUUAUUCUAUUAGCCUUAGCAUUUGUUGAAGAACCAGCUGUGUCAUUAUUCCAAAUGCCUGUGUGGGCUCAUAGUACAAUAGAACUUUUUGCUUUAAUUACUAUUGGUAUAGAAUUAGCUUUGAAACUUAGAUGGAUCGGAUGGGGAACUAUGCUAAAACAUAAACGUACAAUGAUAAAGUGUAUUACUCUAGCUAUUAUGUUCCUAGAAGCAAUGGUAGUUCUAGUGCGGCAGUCUUCUCAUUUUAGAGUAACACGAGCUUUAAGACCCAUUUUCUUAGUAGAUACAAAAUACUGUGGUGGUGUUAGAAGAUUUAUAAGACAGAUAUUAUUGACAUUACCACCAAUUCUUGAUAUGUUAGGACUUCUUCUAUUCUUCAUAUCUGUCUAUACAGUAUUGGGUUAUUAUAUGUUUUCUGAAAUGAAUAGAAAUUUUUCUACAUUGGAAAAUAGUUUUGUAAGCUUAUUUGUUCUUCUCACCACAGCAAACUUUCCAGAUGUAAUGAUGCCAUCUUAUUCAAAAAAUAAGUGGUAUGCAAUAUAUUUUGUAUCAUAUUUAUCUACUAUGUUAUAUGUAAUGAUGAACUUAAUGCUAGCAGUUGUAAAUGAAACAUUUACAUCAGCCGAACGCGAUAAAUUUAAAAAAUUGUAUUUACAUAAAAGAAAAGCUUGUCAACAUGCUUUUAAACUAUUAGUUUCAAAGCAAAAUCCAGAUAAAAUGAAAUUUCGGCAAUUCGAAGGCUUAAUGAGAUACUAUGCACCACAUAAAUCUACAAGAGAUAUUGUUUUAAUGUUUCGUUAUAUGAAUACUUCUGGAAGUGGUGCAUUGAAUUCUGAAGAAUUUUUAGUAGUAUAUGAUGCCACGAUGCUUCAAUGGGAAGUAGAAUACUCUAAUAUACCAUGGUAUCAUACGGCAUGGCAACCUUUACAAAUGCUGUGUGUCGGUGCUCAUACUGCUAUUAAAUGGUCAUACUUCGAAAGUUUAGUAUACAUAAUAAUUAUAGGAAAUGGAAUAGCAAUGAUAAUUCGAUUGAUACAACCAAGUGACAAUCUUCAAAUAUCAGCUCACAAAUUUGCAGCUUGUUGGGACACUUUACUUUUUGGAAGUUUGUUUGUAUCAGAAGCAUUAGCAAAAAUAUUGGGCCUUGGGAUAAAGCGUUACCUUAGUUCUGGAUGGAAUCUUUUUGAUUUAGGAGCUUCAAUUAUGACUCUAGUUGCCGCGUGUGGACUUAUUUUAUUUCCAAAUACUACGUUCCUAGUAUUGUUCAGACCUUUGAGGCUUCUAAGACUUUUUAAGAUAAAAAAGCGUUAUCGAGAUGUGUUCGGUACACUUGUUAUAUUGUUUCCCCUAAUGUGUUCUACUGCUAUUGUUAUGCUCGUUUUAUACUAUUUCUUUGCUAUCAUUGGAAUGGAAUUAUUUGCCGGAUAUGAUAUGAGAAAUUGUUGCAAGAAUACAACUGUAGAGGAUUUUUAUAAAUAUUCUGCUAAUGGAAGUACAGCAUUAGGAUAUUAUUACCUCAAUACAUUUGAUAAUUUAAUAGCAAGUAGCGUGACACUUUUCGAAUUGACUGUUGUUAACAAUUGGUUCAUAUUAAUGAAUGCGUAUGCUUUUACCGUUGGUAUGUAUACCCGGUCAUACUUUAUGACAUUUUACUUGGUAACCAUGAUCGUCCUUACAAUCGUGGUAUCCAGUUUCUUAGAAGCAUUUAGAUUUAGGAUACAGUAUAAACGAUCAACAUCUAAACACGAUGAAGAAAAAAUGUUGCAUGAAGAAGUUGAGUUAAGAUGGGAUGAGUUACAGUGUAUAAUAGAAGAUGUUCAACUUCUCGAGGAUUUACGAUCUUCAUUAGUUGUUGGUGGCACUACUCUUUUUAUUGGCUCACGACCUCGUACUAGAGAGGUUUUACAACGAAAAAUGUAUACGAAUGAAAUAACUGAAUGGAUCACAGAAGCUAAAUUGGAGGAACGCCAAAAUGAUAUUACUGUAAUAAAUAAUUACGUAGAUAGUAGAGAAGGUAACGAUAUUUCUGAUUCUGAACUUGUUUUACAUCGAAGAUCGCGAUCUCCACAACGUAACGGUGUAUGCACCUAACAAUAUUCAGUAAUAAUUAUUCAAUUGUACAAAUUAAAUUCGUCGAGAAUUUUCAGUCACUUAAUUCAGUUUUUAAUAUCAUCUCAAACAAUAUAUUUUUUUUAUUUAGAAAAUUUAUUACAGUUCAUUAAAGUAAGAAACAUUACUAUACCUGUCCUUAUAUUUUUAUUUCAAAGAAAAAAUUUUUACGAAAAAAAUAUAAUUUUUCAUCGAUAUCAUCGAUUUAUCAUGAACAAACAUAAGAAAACAAUUAAUGUGAUUUUAUUAAUGCUGGCAUUAAUAUAUAUUAUAAUAUUAUACUUGCAUUUCUGUGACAUUAUUUUAUAUUUUAUAUAAAAUAAGAAAUACUUUAUUUGGAUAUAUUUGAUUUUAUGAUAUAUGCGUGAGUAAUUCACAUUUUUAAACUUAUUUCGCUCAUUUUUUCAUUUUUAUUUAUAAUAAUUUAUUUUCUCUUUCAGAUUUAUUUAAUUUAUGUAUUAUAAAUUAUUUUUUCAUUGCAUACUUUUUCAUAGCCAUUACUAACAAUAUAUUAUUUUACUAUUAUGUUAUAACAAAUAUUUUUAACUUUAUGUAACACUGUAUAAUAAUCUACAUAUUUAUAAGUAGCAUGCACAUACAUAUACAUGUAAUGUGAUAUACAAUAAUAUUUUAAUUUCGAUUAUAUUUAUGAAGUGCGAAUUAAAUGAAAAAAAGAAAAAAAAGAAAAAAGCUUGUAUGCAAUUAUUUAAAAUUGUACAUAUUAGAAAAUGAAAAUUAAACAUAAUAUUGUUAUUUAA